AAGAAGCAUGUUUCUUUUUACCAGUCCUCCAACAUGGCGGCUGCCAGGAGGUUGAAACGCGUGGUGGCUUCACAGCCAGGUUUUUUAAAGUUAAAGUCCACUUCAGACUCCGCGGACUCGGUCAGCAGUCGAAGAAAACGCGUGAACAAGAAUAAGAAGAAAAGCUGGAACAAACACAGCGACAUAAACGACGUAGAGGAUUUUUUAGAGGACGUCAGGCACCAAGAGAGGACCACAGGGGGUUUGCUGUCUGAGAAGCCAGAUGACAGUUUGUUCUUUUUGGAUGUUGGACAACCGAAAAAGCCUGAACAGAAGGAAGAAGCCGUAGAGGGGAAGAAGAGGAAAGGGAAAACGUCACGUCCUCUGAGGAUAGACCUCAUCCUGCAGCACGACUCCCUCAUUCCGCCACCUAAAGAUGUGCUGGCCUACCAGCAACCAAAUGCCAAGAAACUUCGUCGCAUUGCCCAGAAGGCUGAGCAGCUGGCAGCCAAAGGUGUGGUGCCACGGAGGAGGAAACAGCUGCCAAGCAGACGGCCGGCCGACAGGAAGGCCAAGAAAUCAGUGACGGAGGCCAACAACAACCCAGACAGAGAAUAUUACGACAUAUGGGGCCAAGAGUCCAAAGAUUCAGCUGACCCCUGGUACCUUCAACAGACUGGCAAGAAGCUUGUCAAUCGUCCGGAGAAGUUGAACGAGAAGCCGUCUGUGCUCCCUGCUGUGGAGGUGAUCGCCCCUGGAGGAUCCUACAACCCAGACUUCUUCUCCCACCAGGCCUUGCUGCGGGAGGCCCACGAGGUGGAGGUAAAGAAACAAAAGGAGGAAGACAAAAUAGAGAGGCAGGUGAUGGUCAACAAAGACGACACAGCUACAGAGGAGACGAUCUUAAGAGAGCAGGUGGAAGGUUUGGUAGAGGAGGAGAAUGAAGAAGAAAUGGCUCCUAAUGAGGAAGAGGAAGAUGUGGCAGUGGGAGGCAUCGCGCUGGCAGAGAAGAAGACUGAGAGACAGAGGAAGAGAGAGAAGGCAGACAAAAUUAAGGAGCAGCAGCGGCUGGCCGACAGACAGCGGAUUGACCAGCACCAGCAGCUCUUCCAGCUUCGCUCCAUUAAGGCGUCCAUCAAACAGCAGGAGCAGGGCACCAAGGAAAAACAGAAAGUCCGCAAGGCCAAGCAGGAGGCCCAGAAAAGCCAGCCCAGACGCCUCGGCAAACUCAAGUUCCAGCCUCAGGACCUGGAGGUGCAGUUGAGUGACGAGCUGGCCGGCUCCCUGCGACAACUCAAGCCAGAGGGCAGCGUCCUCAAGGACCGCUUCAAGAGUCUGCAGAAGAGGAACCUGAUCGAACCCAGAGAGAGAGCCAAGUUCAAGAGGAGACACAAGGUGAAGUAUGUGGAGAAGAGGGCUUUUAGAGAGAUCACCUAGCGCCGACCCACAGACCACAGGAGCUGAACACCAGAAGCUGGGCAACAUUUAAAACCACAAGUGCAACAUAAUGGGACUGUGUAUAUACGACUUAAUGACUGCUGAGGACCUGCUUGUUCCUUUCAGGCAAUUACAACUUCUAAAAAAUAAAUGCCACCAACAAUUAUAAUAUAUAAACCGGUCAAAUGUGUUGAAGAUAAGUUUCCUAUAGUGAAAAAAUAACGUGCAGGUUUUAUAUCACUUGUCACGAUUAAAUUCUGUAAUUUUUUUUUGUUACGUGAUACGACCCCUAUCAGGAAAAGGUUAUCUAAGGUUCUGCGAUAUACAGCAGAGUCUGCCUAGGCCAAGUGUCACUGUGUCACUACCAUGCUCAUACACGAGUAGAGACUUGCAGCUUAUGUUAAUAACGGGGUCAUCCACAUGAAGUGUCGCUCUCCACCGCGGGGAUAUUGGGCAGGUUCAUGUCGGAUAUUUGUGUGUCUGAUAUUUCUGAAGAUUAGUGCAACACCCAUCAUCCAGACCUGUAAUUAUAAUAAAUACGUUUUUUGAAGGAGUUGCAUAGACGAUCAUU